ACGCGCCUCCUGAUUCACCAACUCAUUCGGGUGUCAUCAUGGCCGACUCAAAUUCUUGCUCAGUGAAUCCAAUUUAUGCUGAGAUUAUUGUGGUGCGCCAUGGAGAAACCAAGUGGAAUGCUGAUGGAAGAAUUCAGGGACAUCUGGAUGUUGAGCUAAAUGAUGUUGGGAGACAGCAAGCAACUUUGGUGGCUAAUAGACUAGCCCAGUUGCCCAAAAUAUCUGCAAUAUAUUCUUCUGAUUUGAUGCGAGCUUCAGAGACGGCAGAGAUAAUUGCAGCUCGCUGUGGGCGCCUAGAGGUUAUUAAGGAUCCAGACUUGCGAGAGAGGCAUUUAGGAGAUCUUCAAGGCCUUCUAGCACGUGAAACAGCCAAAGUUAACCUCAAUGCUCAUAAAGCCAACAGGUCUCGCAGGACAGAUGUAGAUAUACCAGGUGGUGGAGAAAGCCUGGACAAACUCUACCACCGCUGCACAUCAGCAUUGCAGAGAAUUGGUAGGAAGCAUGCAGGAGAACGAGUUGUUGUGGUCACUCAUGGGGGUGUCAUUAAAGCACUUCACAAAAAGGCUUGCCCAAAAAUGAAAUUGGCAGGGAAGAUACUGAAUACAUCCAUAAACAUUUUUCUCCUAUCAGACGGUGAUGGGUGGAUCAUAAAAGCCUGGGGUGAUGUUAGUCAUCUUGAUGCAACAGGAUAAUAUGGACUCUAGCUUUGUUGAAUAAAUUAUCCGGUUCCUAAGGCUUUACAAUUACUUUUUUUUUUUUGUUUGGUCCAGAGAAUUGUCCCGUCUUUUUCAAUCCACUACCCACACUUAAAAAAUUAACAUUGAAAUU